UGGCGCCAUUUCUUGGGACUUCGUGCCGCCACUUUCUUCCACAGAAGAAACCAAGUGGAUCUGUGUGGGCGUCGUACGAUCACCCAGUUGACGGCCACGAUCCAUCCUCACACUCCCAAUCCAUCUCCACCGUCUCUUCAAAAUCCAACCGCCGUCCCAGAGCGCGGGAAAAGGCCCCAACCCAGCCUCUGUAUAUCACUCGAAGUCGAACAGUUCGAAGCCGAUAAGUUCACUUUCUUCCUCAAAGUAGUUCUUUCUUUUCCUUUCUAGGGUUUCAGGUCUGUUUUAAUGGCGCCCAGGAAGCGAAGCAAGAACCAAGAAGACGAGCCGGCGGCGGAGAAGCUGGCCCCGGCGUCUUCGAGGGUGACUCGGAGCUCGGCUCGGCUGGCGGCGAACUCUAAGGCUGAUUCGGCGGUGGAUGAGGCUGUGACUGAGUCGGCGAAGAGUAAGAAGGCGAAACGUGCUCCGAAGGAGAAUGGCAAGGUGAAAGAGGUUGAAAAUGAAGGGGUGGAAGUUGAUGCUGCUUUGGAGAAACUUGACAAGGAUGGGAAGAACAGAACGGUUGUGAUUGAACAUUGCAAACAGUGCCAAUCAUUCAAGAAAAGGGCCAUCCAGGUGCAAAAUGGUCUGGAGAAUGGUGUUCCUGGAAUCACUGUGAUGCUUAACCCUGAUACGCCAAGAAGGGGUUGCUUUGAAAUCCGGAGUGAAGAUGGCGAGAAGUUUAUCAGUCUUCUGGACAUGAAGCGACCUUUUACUCGCAUGAAGGAACUGGACAUGGAAGAAGUCAUUUCAGACAUCAUUGAGAAGAUAAAAGGAUGAUGAUGGCCUUUGAUGAAAAAUUGCCUUCUAGGAUGCAAUGGUUUUUUUGUGGUGGUUUGAAGCUGACCAGUCAGAGAAGCUUUGAUGGUGGAAACUUAGCUAAUGUUCAUUUGCCAAUGCGAAUAUUGCCUACUCACUUGGCAUGACUGCAAUGGUAAAGCAUCAGGUUUGAACAAACAAGAUGGAUUAUUUUUUGGUUUAAGCUUCAAAAUGAACGAGUCAUCUUUGAAGAGGGUUGUCCUUUGUAUUAGUAGCAGAAACCUACUCUUACUUCUAAGAGGGUGGCUCUAUAUUGCAUCCUUGAAUUGUGUAUUUUUGUAUGAAUCAAUGGAGUUUUAUUUGCAUCUA